AUGGACGAGAAAUCUAAAGCUUCAUCAGAGAAGGAGGAAGAAGUCAUCAAGAAGAAGUAUGGAGGCAUUGUGCCAAAAAAGCCCCCACUCAUUUCCAAGGAUCAUGAACGGGCUUAUUUUGAUUCAGCUGAUUGGGCUCUCGGAAAGCAAGGUGUAGAGAAGCCCAAAGGAUCUCUCGAGGCACUUCGGCCUAAACUACAGCCAACUCAACAGCAAACAAGAUAUAGGAAAUCUCCUUGUGCACCAACAGAUGGAGAAGAUGGAAACAGUACGCCAGCCUCGGAUGAUGGUUCUAUGAAUGAAUGAAUGAGAAAGUGAUGUUGAAUGUUGAACUUCUCUCUCCCUUUUUCAUUUCAUGAAUCAAUAGCUACAAACAUAUUGUGAUACAAGUAUGCAACUUGCAUUCUUUUUUUUUUUUCUAAGUGUUUUUUGUUUUUUUUUUCUUUUCAACUUUAAUCCAUGUUUGAACUAGCUUUCCAUUGGGAUCUAUGAACUGUG